ACAGAGGCACUAAAAAAAGACUGUGUGGGUUUGUCUGCCUGGGAGGCCGUGCGUUGGGUUUUGGAAAAGUGAAUAUAAAAGCUCAAGUCUGAUCGACUUUCUUUCCUGCAAUACUGAUCUCUUUCUCAGUCAUUACACUACUAUUCUUGGCUGUGAUCGAUCUAUCUGGUAGAUCUUUCUAUAAAGAAGUCAGUUGUGCGCAUUGAGACAGGUCCUUGUCUCUCGUCAACAGCCAAACCACCUUGUCUAUUUUGAAAUCGCAAUCAUGAUAGACCUAUCCAGCCUCAACAGGCUCCAGUUCGACACCUCCGCGUUCAAUUCCACCGUCACCAGUCUCCCGUCCACUCUUCUGGACGCACUGAUUCCCGGCUAUGGAAUCCUAUCCAGUCUGGUCUUCAAUCUUCUCGGUGUUGACAUCGGCCUCGCAGUCUCGGGAUGCCUGGUCGUCUUUGGUCUAGCAAAGGGCGCUCAGUUCCUCUACACUCGGUCCUACGACCUGUUCGCCGCAUACUUCAUGUCGUCGAUCCAGAUCGAAGACGACGACUCACUCUUCUCGCAGAUCAUGGAAUGGAUCGCCGAACAGCAAAUGACCAAGAUCUCGCGCGACCUCAAGGCAGUGACAAAAUGGGUGUCCGCCUACGAAGAGAGCAGCGAGGAGGCCAAAGCCAGCGACGAGGACGUCCUAGACGAGGCCGGCAUCUUCAACUUCGAAAAGUGGGCUUCCAACAUCCCGCCGAGGUACGAGCCCAACUUCGGCAGCGACAAGUUCUACUACAAGGGCCGGCGGUUCAUCUUCGCGCGCACGCGCCGAGAGAAGAAGUCGCAGAGCUUCUUCGGGAAGGCUGAGGACCAGACGCUGGAUAUCAAGUGCAUAGGACGCACGACCGAGCCUAUCAAGGAGCUGCUGAAUCAUAUCAAGCGAUGGACGCUCACCAAGGACAACAAAAUGACCGCAAUCCACCGACCGUCGCCAAAAGAGGAGAGGUCGAACUACGCUUGGGACAGACAGUCACUCAGGCCGUCGCGACCAAUGAGCUCCGUUUCCCUGGACCAGAAGCAGAAGGCAAUGGUCGUCAUGGACAUCAACGAGUACCUGCAUCCUGCGAGCGCCCGAUGGUACGCCGCACGAGGUAUCCCAUACCGACGUGGAUACCUCCUCUACGGACCUCCUGGCACCGGCAAGACCUCGCUGUCAUUUGCUCUCGCCGGUAUCUUCGGGCUUGACAUCUACUGCAUCUCGCUCAUGGAAAUCGGCCUCACCGAAUCCGACCUCAACAAACUCUUCUCCCAGCUCCCGCGCCGCUGCAUCGUCCUCCUCGAAGACAUCGACUCGGCCGGUCUCCGCCGCCCAGACGACGCGCCCACCGACGCCGCCGCCAAAGAAGGCGAAGAAGCCACCAGCGAGACCUCCACCGACGACGGCAACCUCACCAAGAUCAGCAAGACGGAUCCCACGAAGGCCUCCGUCCCAGGGCAGUCGCAAGUCGGCUUCAAGUCCCUCAUCUCGCUCUCCGGGCUCCUCAACGCCAUCGACGGCGUCGCCUCCCACGAGGGACGCGUCCUCAUCAUGACGACCAACCUCCCCGAGAAACUCGACGCCGCGCUCAUCCGGCCUGGCAGAGUCGAUCUGCAGGUGCAAUUCACGCUCGCGACGCGCGACCAGAUGCGCGACAUCUUCAAGCGGAUGUACAACACGCACGAGGUCGCCAAAGCCAAAGCUCCGGCUAAGCGCAAAGCCGUGCCUUCCUCCCCAACGACGGGGAAGUUCGGACGGUCGGGCAGCACGAAGGAAGAUGCGGAGUUCCUCGACCUCUUGGCGCGCGAGCCCGCGCUCGACGUCGUGGAUCCGGAGAGGCUUAAGGAGAUGGCGAAUGAGUUCGCGGAUCAGCUUCCUGAGAGGCAGUUCUCGCCUGCGGAGAUCCAGGGGUUCUUGCUCAUGCGGAAGAAGGAGCCGUCGAGGGCGUUGAGGGAGGUCGCGAAGUGGAGGGAUAGCAUGCUGGAGGCUAAGGCGAAGGAUGUCAAGGUUUUGGAGGUACAGUAAACGAGACGGACGGGUCGAGAGACAGAGGCGUGGACUUGGUUUGCCUGGCGUUGAUGUAGAGAUGGUGAAUUGAGACGGGGAGAAGAUGUGGUUUUCAAAAAGACGACAGGGCGUAAAAGCUUGUUUUAUGCUUUUGCUCCAUCACAAGGCUGAACAAAAUCAUUUGUGGAGGAGAGUUUUGUUUGCCGUUUUCGGCAAGCAUCUUUACA